CUCGAACCCAACCUUGUCUUGAACUCUCACUUUCCCCUCCCCCGCGCUUGUCAUCUCCGUUGCUCAUUUCCGACAAAAUGACCAAGGACGAAGACACCCUCCCUAGCGAGUACAAGUAUGUCUGGAAGCCGACCUCGGAUAUGUCGCUGGAUGACUUCCUGAAGAAGUAUAGGCCUUCUAUGGUCCAGAACGAUGGGACCAAGCCAUGGAUAUGGGUUGCUGGCAACAAGGACCACGCUACACCGGAUGGCUGGACGGAUGCUAUCGAAGAGGCUUCGGAGAUAUUGAAAGAGACAACGGAAAAGGUCGAAUCUAUCAAGAACGACGCCUCGAUACCUGUGCGCUCGAACAAAAAGACCGGGGCGAGGAGCAAGAAGGAGGUCCGGGAAGAGGUGCAAGCCGAAGCGACGAAGAAGCUCAAGGAGAUCUCGCAGAAGCACAAAUACGUUACGGGCAAAUGGUUAAUCUUCGCCCCCGCGGACAAGGUCGACCUAAUUUGGUCUGGCAUCGCUCGGUCCCUUGUCUCUGGCCCGCUGUCGGCCACGGCCGCGUUCACGGCCAAGGUCUCGACGUCGCCAGAACACGACCAACCGAACUAUCAGCAUGUUAUGUGCAUCUACGUACCCGACGUGUACGACAAGGACGCCAUGGCAGAGGUGCGUGCUCAGGCUCUUUCACCUUGCUGUACUAGUCAUCUAGGGUCCUUCUCGACGAUCCAUGCCUCGUCCCUGAUGUUCACUAUGCUGAACGAUAUAUUUCAGAUCAUGCGCAUCCUCCUGCGUAACCAUGGCGUAUCCCUCAGCGGCGUGAAGUCCGAUCUGUAUACGUAUAUCGGUAUUGAUAGCAAGCAUCCGAGCGGGAUACCCUCGACGAUCUGGAAGAACAACGCAGUCAUACCCGACGCGGAGGCCAAGGAGCUCAAGGACGCUUUUUACAAAGAGUUGGCUGAGAAGAAGCCCGAGGCGCCGGCGUCUUCGGCGGACAAGUCGGGAACAAUAGCGGAUAAGGCAGGAGUCGCGACCGAUAAGCCGGCCCCUGCGCCCAAGAAGCCGCUGCUCAAGAAGAAAAAGGCCAAGGACCCCUUCGCGUCGGAUAGCGAGGAGGAGAAUGAGUCGGCGCAGGAAGCAAAGCCUGCGCCCGAAACGACGAAAUCUGCACCCGAUACGGCAAAGCCUCCUUCGAGGUCGAGCGCGAAGCCUCCUUCGAAGUCGAGUGCGAAGCCUCUUUCGAAGUCAAGUGUGAAGCCGCCGUCCAAAUCGGCCAGCAAGCCGCCUUCAAGGUCCAGCGCGAAGCCACCAUCGGCCAGAAGUUCAAAGCCGCCCUCGAAGACAAGCGCGCCUUCCCGCACAACGCGCAAGCGGAAGGCCGAGCCGAUACUGGAGGAAAGCGAAAUAGAGUCCGAUGACGAACCGAAGCCUAAGAAAAGGGCGCCGGCGAGGAAGCCGGUGAAGAAGCGGGCGAAGGUGGAUGAGGAUGAGGAGGAUGAGGAUUAGGGCUUGCCAGGCCAUUUGUUCGCCUCUUCUUGACAUCUAACUACGCUACCCCGACCUUCAACAUCUAGUGAUCCUGAACUUAUGCAUACUGCCCUACGAGGCCCGUCGACUAUGCAAGUUUUGCAGUAAUCAUCAUGCGCUCGAAGUCAGAUAAACCCAUCGACUUGUCGGGAGCCGUUGAGAACAUCUCGAGCAUCUCAACCAUCUGGUGAGCUCAUGAGAACCACUCCUUCGCGC